UGAGAGAGAUCGAGGAAGAAAGAUGGAUCUAAUUGAUAAGGCAACACAAUUCGUCGGAGAAAAGCUGUCGGAAAUCCCGAUGCCGGAGGCAAGCAUCGCCGACGUUAAUAUUGGCGCUAUUUCGCUGGGCAGCGUUUCCUAUCAGGCUAUAGUCAACGUCAAGAACCCCUACCCCUUGUCCAUUCCCAUCUGCGAGAUCCAAUACGUCCUCAAAAGUGCUACCAGGGAGAUAGCUUCUGGGACAAUCCGAGAUCCAGGUUCACUGAAAGCAAAAGACACAACGGUGCUGGAUGUGCCUGUGAAUGUGCCACACAGUGUGUUGGUGAGCGUGAUGAAGGACAUCGGUGCAGAUUGGGACAUUGACUAUCUGCUUGAGUUGAAACUCAUCAUUGACCUUCCUGUUGUUGGAAAUAUUACCAUCCCUCUUACUCGAUCUGGUGAGGUCAAGCUUCCCACCAUCUCUGAUAUGUGGAAGAAAUCAGAAGUUGUAGAAGAAGUGUAGCCAAUUAACACACACACACACACAACAUGUAUAACCUAUUGGUAUUAUUAUGUUACAUCAAUAGUAAUAAUAAGAUGACUCAGAUGAAUGUAUGGCCUAUGCAUGUACCCUUUGAUAUUAUUUCACCUUUGAUAAUGAUAAAAGAACAGAUGAUGAUGAUGAAUGGAUGACUUAAUCUCUUAAUACUGCUCUUU